AUAUAUGUGAUAGCCAGUAAUCCUUACUACUACAGUUCUUAAUGGCAGUUCCCUUUGUCCUUGGGUGUUAUGUGUGUCACUAGGUUGUUCCUUGGAUUGGAUGAUUACUUAGUUUCACAUCAGAGGUCCUUAUUGAGGGACUUUGCACUUGGAUUACAUAUUAGAAUAAUUUAAAAUUUGGACUUGAAGGAACUUUUAAAAGAUAACUCAUCCAUUUCUUUUUAGAACAGAGAAAUAGAGGUCCAAAGUGAUUUGUUCAGUCAUUGCUAGGACUAAAAGUGAGUCUUCCUCACAGUGUAUACCAUAUUAACAUUUUUUUUUUAUCUCACUGUUCAUAUUGGCCAACUGAUGGGCACCCAGAAGCCACCUUGCAAAAAGUGUUAAAUGGGACAAAGGAGUACAUUUGGAAAAGUCCUUCAUGUGUGGGCUUAACAUUUGUACCUACCUAACUCCAGAAAAAUCUCAUUAAAUGAAGGAAUUCUUCUAUGAAAAUGCUAUGUUUUUUCUUUUAAGAGUAGAAUAUUCAGUCAUCUUCUAAACUGAGCAUCAAGUGAAUUAACACUACACAUGUAGAAAUUAGAAACUGUUCCUGAGUGAUGAAAGCCAAUAGAUUUAUCUUUGAAAAUUUUAGCAUACCUAAAUGGAUGGUGCUACUCCUUUGAAUAUAGUUCUACCUGAAAUAUAAUUAAUUGAGUGGUGUGUUUUGGUAAAAAGUGGAAACUAUUUUAAAUAGAAGCGAAAAUAUCACACAGCAUUUCCUAUGAUUUUUUUUUUAAAGUUUGCUUUUGAGGAGUAUUUUGGUAUAUAGAACAUGUAAAUAAUACUACUUAAUGCCGGAUAUAUGCAUGACUUAAUUUGGAGAGUAGCUUUCUAAAAGACUGCAAAAACAAGUGGCUCUGAAAGGUGUCUCAGGAUUGUUUCUUGCAAUCUGAGAAAACUUAAAAAGCUUUUGAUAGUUUAAUAUAACUAGCAACCUCCAUCCAGUUUUCUCAACUAUUAAAAUGAUUUCACCUUUACAUGUAUCAGUAUGUUUCAUCUGUGUUCUAAUGUUCAAUUUGCAAUUAAAUCCUAUACAUGAGCUAGUAUAUUAUCAGUCUUGAGAUUUAAAUACAAAAUUUGCAUUUUAAUACUCCCCUAUUUAUAAUCUAUUAGUUGGAUUUAGUUCUUCUAAGGUAGUGGUUCUUAACCUGAGUUAUAGGCCCCUAUUUAGGGAUCUAAUGAAAGCUACAGAUUUUUCAAUCUGUGUUACGUAUUUUGUAGUUAGGAAUAAACAGCAAAUUUGGGACCUGAGAGUAUCCCAAAGGCAAUAGCUGCUGGGGUGUUUUUUACUUAAAAGACAAAGUGGGAGGGAAAAAAAGCUAAUGGCAUUCACUUAAUUCCCUUCCCCCUGAAAGUUAUUCUUUAUGAAUAGAAGUAGUUUUUGAUUUGAACAGUUGGAAAUGAGGCCCAGACACUGGCAGUUUAUAAGUUUUUCAGCUGAUUUCUAGUGUGCAGCCUCGAUAUAAACACUGACUAGUUGGUCAGUUCUCACUGAUUAUAUUGUUCAGCUGGUGGACUUUAAGUUGGUUCUGGUCCUGAUCUGAUUCUAUCAUCUUCUUAAUGUUGGAUUCAGCCUUGAAUGGCUAACCCAAUGACAGCAUAUAAGGUAGAGCUGAAAUUAUAGGGAAGGAACACUUCCUGAUAGUCUCUGAAAUUCAUCAUAUCCUGUGAGGUCUUGAACCCUGCAAAUAGUUUUGAAGUGGCAUUUUUCACUUUAGGAUCAUUGGCCAUCAACGUUUGUCAACUGUAGGAAACAUGACAGCAUGAAUACAAUCAACUGGAAAUCUUCACCAUUGUAGCUGACUUGAAAUCCAUUAUUCUGUUUCUCAGAGCAUUGAUAGUUGAAUUUCUGUUACAUAAUCAUGAUCCAUAAUGUAUUGCACAGGUAAAAUGUAUUCAGGUUUGGGGGGUGGUGUCUUUUCAGCCUACUGGAAAAAUGAGUUAACACUUGUUCAAGAUAAACAGCUGACCUUUUUUGCAUUUCAUGUAACAUAAGCCAUGACGUUUUAUUACAAGAAUCAGGAAAAGUAGGGAAUUCCCUGGCAAUCCAGCGGUUAGGACUCCUUGCUCUCACUGCCGAAGGCCUGGGGUCAAUCCCUGGUCGGGGAACUAAAAUCCCACAAGCCGCGUGGUGCGGCGAAAAAAAAAAAAGAAUACGGAAAAUCCUCAUGUAAGCUUCCCUAAUCUGCAAGCACCUAAAGUCCGCAAAUCUGUAAAGCUUGUUUUCCUUUGUCAGUACUUUUUCUAGCCAUUCUGAAGCCGAAUUAUUUGUCUAUUGAGUCAGUGGAUUUAGCCACCACCCACAAAUAAAUUCCUAACAUUUUGAAUAAACUAAGUGAAAACAAAAAAUGACAGUGCUUGCCGGCAAGAGAAGUACUCUUGCCCUCUCUCCUUCCCUCCUAUUUAGAAAUUCUGAAAUCACCAGUGUCCUUGAUAUUCAAUAGUACCAAAAGAGGAAAUUUCUUAGAUGCUGGACUCAUCUAAGCCAAUCCAAGUACUGAUCCAGUGAACAUUUCUUCCGGAAUGAAGUGCUCUGUCUCUGACCCCUGUUCUGGGAAAUUGCAUUAUACUGAGCCUUGUGUAGGGACCACCACUGAUUUGUAGAUGUGCCGGUUAUCUAUUUCUUGGCUCCUAAGUCCACCCUUCAUUGCUCUGCUUUGUGAUACAGGAGCUAAGCCCUUUAAAUAUUUCUCUUUUGCUUGCUGGCAAGUUUUGUUAAGCUUGUCAGAAGAUGCUGAAGGGAUGCUGCAGAAGAAAGGAGCUUCUCUUCCUGGUUCUUGUGUGUUUUCUUUUCGGUGUGUUUUCUUUUUUCUUGCUUUUGCAGUGUGUGGGGGCCAGUGGCAUGUAGGACACCCAGUGGCACCUCAAAAGAGGGUGUUUCCCAGCAGGUCCAUUGGUCCCCCUGCCGGCUUCCCAGCAUGUCUUGGUGCACCAGCUGGCAACUUCCCAAUAAGUCUCGGCACACCCAGUGGGGUGCCUUCCUAACUAGUUUUGUUGACAACGCCCUCCUCUCCAGCCCUGGGCUUCAGUGGGUCACAGCCGCGCCCUCUCCAACAAAAUCUGAAUCUCAGCCUUGCAAUGGAAACUUCAAAAUUUGCUCCUUCGUUGGGUCCUCUGCCUCAGUCCUAGAGGUAGUGGCUGCUCCUAUAGCCGCUAUUUCUGUAUUCUUAAGAGCUUUCUUUACCCUUAGUAAUUAAUCCCCUGUUGCUUGUUAGUAAUUCUUUAUAUAAAAUUUUCCUUGUUCAAAUUACUGUGUGUUUUCUGUAUCCCCCCUGACUGAUACAGUGGAUUAAGAUACCAGUCAUAAGGGAGCCACUUCAUUAGUUUGGUUGAUAACCCCUGAUGUAGUCCAGUAUAAAGGACUCAACCCAGUAAAUUUGUUGAGAAUUAUGUAAAUGAAUCAGACUGGCCCCUUCUAGAAUUUUGACUGAGAGAUAAAAAUUGUCCAGUCCUUAGAAGAAUGAACAAGACUUGUAUAGCUGUGAUGUGAAGAGGCUCAUGUGAAAGAGAUACCACGAUAAAUAACUACCCUGAAGCUGCCUCGCUUCUUGCUGGCUUUCUAGUGUUUUUUGUUUUCCAGUAUGGUCAGUGGGUAUUCUUACAAUUCCUCUGUUUCCCAUAAGAUAGCCUGAGUUUCUCUUCCUUGGAACCAUGAGCCUAACUCUAGUUUGUUCUAUUGUAACCACCAGGGAUCCCUGGUCAGUGAAGGUCUUCCUGUCAAUUUCCUUGACAUUUAAUUCUUAUCUGUCUGCACUCGGCACCAGUAAGAAAAUGUCAUCUACUUGAUUGGACUUGGCAAGGAAGUCAAAAAAGAAGUCCUAGGUACAAUUCCUUUUCCUUGGUAGACAUGGUCUCCCCAAAAGCAAAAGGGGGAGGUACAGGUAUAGUGGAAGGAUGGAGUAUGAAUGAGGACAACCGUAAAUCUCAUAGUGUCCAGUCUUUUCCUGGACAAUCAAGUCUACUCUGUAUUCCUUCUAUAUCACUAAACAAUUCUUUUUAUUUCCCCUACAAUGGGUAUUUCAAAGCUUCACUAGUUUCUUAAGUCCCCUACUCCACCUCCAUACUCAUACUCACUUCACGUAGAGACUAUCAAGUGGAAAGUCCCUAUACUUGCUGCCUUCUCUUCCCCAAACUAUAAGAUUAGCUGCAGUCACAUCUAUCCCAUUUUCCUCCUUACUUCUCUCUAUCCUUCUGUUAAAUGUUGCAAAUUCUGCCCUAAGCUUAUGCCUUAUGCUUAUACCUUAUUUGUUCAUUGGUGUGGCAGAGACUGCCCACUGUUAAGUCUCCAUUCUUCCCUUCUUCCAUAGCAAUAGAAUUUUUUGACUGUGUAUGCCUUUUUUUUUUUCCUUUCAGCUCAGUUGACAUAGCCAUGAGACCAACUUCUGACCAACAGGAUGUAAGUGGCAGAAGGAACCUUUCUUAAGAGCUUACUGGCAUAUAGUUCAUCUUUUCCCUCUCCCCUUACUGAAUUCUGCUGCUUAGAAAUUUGAUAUGAUACCUGGAGCUUUAUCUUGGAUCAAUAAAAAGAAGGCCUCAUUCUAGAGAUGAGCAACUAAAGAAUUGAAAGGAGCCUGGGUCUCUGACUCCAUGGACUAGAAUUGCCAUACACUCCUGGAUGCUCUGCUCCAAUAUUUUAUAUCAGAAAGAAACUUCCGUUUAAGCCACUUUCUUUACAGGUUUUCUGUCACUCUCAGCGAAACAAAUCCUAGCGUUACAGAUUUGAAAUCUGGAAUUAUAUACUAAGUAACAAAAACUAAAAUAUUUAACGUUAGCUUAGUAAAGGAGGUUAGAUGUCAAGAAACAUGGACACAGGUAUUGUGGGUUAGAAAGCUGAUGACUUGUUAUACAGCAUCCUAACAUUUUCUCUCUCUUUCAUUCCAACCCCUUGUCUUUAUCUUUUUUUUUUUUAACCUUUUUUAAAAAAUUUAUUUAUUUUUGGUUGAGUUGGGUCUUCGUUGCUGCGCGUGGGCUUUCUCUAGUUGCGGUGAGUGGCAGCUGCUCUACAUUGCGGUGCGCGGGCUUCUCAUCGCUGUGGCUUCUCUUGUUGCAGAGCACGGGCUCUAGGCACGCGGGCUUCGGUAGUUGUGACUCACAGGCUCCAGAGCGCAGGCUCAGUAGUUGUGGCGCACGGGCUUAGUUGCUCCACGGCAUGUGGGAUCUUCCCGGACCAGGGAUCAAACCCGUGACACCUGCAUUAGCAGGCGGACACCCAACCACUGCACCAUCAGGGACGUUCUUGUCUUUUAUUUUUCAGCCCUUCUCUUGGACUUUGGAUGAUUGACUAAUCUUGAUUCUCCUAGUAUUACCCCAUUAGUACACUAAGAAUGUUUAAACAGACUCACUCUUAUUAUUUUUAAAAAAUUUUUAAACUUGAUUUUUAAAAUUUAUUUUUUUAUUUUUUGGCCACGCCAUGCAGUUUGCAGGAUCUUAGUUCCCCAACCAGGGAUUGAACUUGGUCCCGGCAGUAAAAGCACUGAGUCCUAACCACUGACUGGACCACCAGGGAAUUCCCUAAACAGACUCACUCUUAUAACUGCUUCACCUCUUCAUCGUCUUAGCUCCGUACCCCUCAGGACCAAAACUCAAGCAUUUACUGCUUUGCGGAGUCCCAUUCCUGAAAAGAGAAUUUCAGACAGUUGGUAAGCUUAGUAAUUCAAAAUUUUAAAGUAAAUUUAUAUUACAAAACAACUGCUUUAUAUGCAUUAUUUCUCCAUGGAACGGCUCAGCAAUAAAACAUAACCUGUUUGACAACUAAGAAGUUGACAUUAGCCAGAAAUCAGUUGCUAACAUAAAAUCAUUGUCCUUCCAGAUCAUUGUUUCUCCCUUUUCCCUGAACCUCCCAGCUCCUCUAAGGUUCAUGUCAUCAGAUUAUACCAUCCAUUAUCCCUCAGUUGUUCAUGUCAUUCACAGACCUCAAAAGAUACUCCCCUAGUAUUUUAAUCCUUAGAGUUUAACAAACGUCUCAAUACCUCUUUCCUCACUACUGUUAGAAUUCUUAGUAAUUCCAAUACCCACUGAACAAUCUUUCCAAUUCUCGGGCCUCUCAAUUUCUUGAUCGCCUGACUUCCAAUGAUGUUUUUCUUCCACCUGACCUCAGCUGCCAUUUCCCAUGGUUACAUCCUAGAACUGGCCCAUCACCAAUAACUGAAACUUCUCCGGAGUUUCCAUUUCAAACAUCCCAUUCUCUACUCACCAACUCCUCCAUUUUCUGCUUACUUCCCUCUCAUAUCCUUUCCGACAAUUCUUUAACUCCACUGGGUUCUCCAGCCUAUUGCUCCUGCUGACUUUUCACUCUGCAUUGCAGUCCCCCCUGCCUCCGUGGUAGUGAGACAGGGCAGCAAGCCUCACUUCCUUGCCCACCCAGCUUAGUUUCCACAGUCCAAUGUUAUAAAUCACUUCCUUGUAAACACUCUCAAUUCCCUUGCUGCAGUCUCUCUCCAUCAUACUUGUCUAGUAAUACCCUAGUCCUACUUAAAUACAACUCUCAGCCUACUCUGUGCCUACACAUGACCAGAAAAAAUACACAAUCAUGCUGACUGGCAUCUCUUUGAAUUCAUGACCAUAAACCUCUGGAACUCUGGGUUUGUGUGAACCUGAGAGUGGGGCCUCCUUAAAAUUUUGCUCCCUAGGUGCCUCUCUAGUCUCACCCUCCCCCGACCCUGGUAGAUGCCAUAGUGCACCAUUCAGCUCUCCCCUCCUGAAAUCAGGCAAGGUGAAACUAUAUUUGUUGACCUCCCAGUCUUCAGAUGUGGGCACCCCAGGGAAGAGGGUGUGACUUUGAGCAAGGCAGCUCUUAGCUAAGGGCAAGCCUGAGAAAGACUCAGCUAAACUCAGCUAGCCCUUCCUCUUCCCUCUGUCUGGCAUGCUCUUUUCCUAGGUUUCCAAGGGACUCAUCCUCACUUCCCUGAUGCCCAUGCUCAAGCGCCUCAUUGCUGGAGAAGUCCUCUCUGACCAUGGUACACACACUAAACUCUAUCCCUCAAUAUUCUCUCCUGUUACUCUGCUUUAUUUUUCUUCAUAACAUUUAGCAACACCUGACAUUAGAUAGUUCUAACGUUAGCUGCUUCUUUUGGCCUUCCUCUGCUAGAGUGUGGGUUCCAUGAGCACAGAGUUCUGGUUUGCUUAUGUUUAUAUCCCCAGUGUCCAGAACAAUGCCUGGUAUACAGUAGGUACUCCAUAUAUACUUGUUAAAUGCACAAAUGAAAAUGCCUUGAAUUCAUAGUAGUCAACUCAUAGAAGACAGGGUGGUUUAGUAGAAGGAUCUUAGAGCACUGAGUUAGACUGAUUUUUUUAAACAACUUCAGUGGUGUAAAACUGACAUACCAUAAACUGCACAUAUUUAUAAUAUAAACUCAAUGUUUUGACAUAUGUAUACACACAUGAAACCAUUACAAUAAUUCAGAUAAUGAACAAAUGCUUCCUCCCCACUUUUGUCAUCCCUUUUGUAAAUGGCAGGGAGGUACUGGGGAUGGAUGGAUUUAAUGUGCUCAUUAAGGACCUCCCAUUGUCUUUCUCAGCACAGGGACAUGCUGCUGCCCUUUCCCUUUCUUCCUUUCCCCCUCCCUCCCUCCCUUCCUCCCUUCCUUCCUUCCUUCCUUCCUGCCUUCCUUCCUUUCUUGAAUGUAACUGACACAUAACACUGUCAAGUUUGAGGCAUAAGUUUGAGGUGCACAAGUGUUACUUUGAUACAUUUAUAUAUUGUAAUAUGAUCACUACAGUAGCAUUAGCUAACAUCUCUAUUGCAUCACAUAAUUACCUUUUCUUUUUUGUGUUGAGAACAGUUAAGAUUUAGUCUCUUAGCAACUUUGAAGUUUAUAGUACGAUAUUGUUAACUAUAAUCACUAUGUUGUACGUUAGAUUCCCAGAACUUUUUAUCUACUAGUUUUAAGUUUCUACCCUUAAACAACAUGUCCCCAAUCCCUCCACACCAGCCGACAGCAGAACCAAUCACUUUGUACUGAAACAACAAUAAGAACAACAAAUAAAGGUGAAAAAGAAAAAAUAAAACUGGUCAGGAUCCCCAAGUUUAAAAGGAUCAUUUCACUAUGUCAAUAAUUUCUAUACAGCUUCAUAAAAUUUUUAUUUAGAAAAGAAUUUUUAAUAGAAAAGGGGAGCAUUCUACACAUCACCUUGAAACCCAUGUUACAGUAGCAUUUUGACCCGCUUGGCAUAGCUUUCUUCCACUCUCUUCUUUUUUUUCAGUCUUUGCAAUACCUGUACCUGCCAGUCUCCAGGUGCCCCUAGUUACAGGUCAGCUCCACACAGAAGGGGAGGAGCUACUUCCCGGGGUCUGUUCCCAGAAUCACAGCCCCACAUCCCAGCGACAAACAGUGCUGCCCACCCGGGGACCAAAGAGGACCCUGCCCACUUUGUUGUGUGCCAUGUGAGUGCUCAGUCCAACAGGAUGGCUGGUGGACAGGUGAAAUGUUUGUCUGUGAUUGGAUUCAGUCUUAUCUGCCUUAAAAUGGUUGCUUCAACAAAAACAGCUCCCAAAAUACCCACUAUCAAUCAGGCGUAUUCAAAACUCAGCAACAGUAUCACUGUGGAAUGGGCUACAGUGCCAGGGGCCACCGGUUACCUCCUCACGGCCAGAGACGGGAACGCUGUCAUUGAAACCGUGGUGGCCAGUUCCCCAGGCACUGUGACGGGCCUGAAGGCUGCAACCUUGUACCAAAUCACCAUCAGAUCCAUCAGUCCUGCUGGGAGAAGCCAGGCAUCGCCUCCAAAACAGGCAAAGACAGUGCUGGCUGCACCAAUUCUACAAGUAAGCUCUCCAAGUCCAGACUCUAUUCUUGUGCAGUGGGAAACCGUAUAUAUGGCAACUGGAUUUUCUGUGUCCAUUAUGCGAGCUAAUGGUUUGGGGAGAAUAUGGAAAGAAAAUACCACCAACACCUCCUUGACAUUCACCAGUUUAGACGCUGGGACUCUCUACACCAUAAAGGCCUAUGCGUGGAAUGCCAGCGGAACACCUGGGGAUGACUCCACCUGCAAUCAGAGAACAGGUCCUCGUGCUCCUGCCAACAUUCAAGUCUCUUUUGAUAGUGGUUCUCUGGAGGCAUAUGUUUCAUGGGCACCGACAGAAGGAGCUUUCAACUAUACCGUGAUGGCUUUGAGUGACUCUUCCAGGCUGAGCUGUAGUACGACUUUCAGUUCCUGCACCAUCUCCUCUCUCCAGUGUGGAACCGAGUACCUGAUAUCAGUUUUAGCAACUAAUGAUGCCGGAUCUAGCAGAUCAAUUUCAGCAGUGACCCUGAGAACUGUUGCUUGUGCACCUGGAAGGGUGACAAUCCAAGAAGAUCCCCCUGGCCACCUGUCUGUGGUUUGGUCCAGCGUGCAUCUGGGUGAUUACUAUGUGGCCUUUGUGAAGAAUGACGAUGGCUUGGAAGUACACUGCAACACCUCCCUCACCCAGUGCAAUUUCUUAUCUGAGUGUGGCUUCACUUACUUUAUUAGUGUUUUUGCCUAUAACAAGGCAGGACAGAGUCCUUUGGGCGAUGUGUUUAAUUAUACCACAGCCCCCUGUUGUCCUGGUGACAUUAACCCUGUGUUGGUGUCCAGUGACAGAGUAGAGAUCGUCUGGUCUCCUGUCCGUGGUGCAGAACUUUAUGAAACCAAGGCUGUAGAUGGGUUCAGCGUGGUUGAAUGCAAUGACACUGUUCCGGCUUGCACCCUUUCUGCUCUAGAGUGUGACACCAAGUACAACAUCACGGUGUAUUCCUUCAGUGAAGUCCGGGGCAGCAAUACAUCGUGUACUUCCCGAUUUAUAACCACAGCUCCUUGCAGUCCUGAAAUCAAAACUGUUUCGAAGGAUGCCUUUUCCAUGAUUAACGUGUACUGGCGAUCCACUAAUGAUGAGGCCACUUACACGGUGACUGCCCAGGGAGAGAAAGGGCUGCACCGGUGCAGCAGCACGGGAGAGUCCUGCACCUUGUGGGGCUUGCCCUGCGGCUCAGUGUUCUCCGUCACCGCUGUGGCUGAAACACCAGCAGGACGGAGCCUGCCCAGCUACAGUGUGCCCUUAGAAACGGUGCCGUGCUGCCCAGCCAGUCUGACAGUAACUCAGGUCACACAAUCGGUAAUCAACGUGAGCUGGACUGUUGGGACCGGCGCCCAAACCUAUGUGACAGCUCUGGAGUCACACACUGGACAGUCUAAGUGUCACACCCGUCAAAACCACUGCCUCCUGGGAUGCAUCACAUGCGGCAUCAAUUACACAGUGACAGUAAAAGCAAUUAGUGCCACUGGGUUGACUGCGGACUGUGGCUACCAAAGUCAUUCCUCGAGUUCCUGCUGCCCUUUGGGGGUGAAAUUAUAUAGGCUGGUCCCUAAUGGUAUCCGGAUCUACUGGCAGGCCUCCAGGGGCUCUGCCAAUUACAGCACCGACCUCUAUGGUUCCAAAGGCAUUUUCACGUGUGCCCCAAGCGCUGGCCUCAGUUUCUGUGAUAUCACCGAGAUACCCUGCGGGGAUGUAUACACCGUGAUGGUCUCCCCAGUUGCUGAGACGGGACUGAAGCUUACUUUCUGUCCAAAAAAAAUAUAUUCAGGUAGGACAAAUUAUGACCCUUUAUUUAAAACUAGCCCUCAACUCAAUCUGUGAAUUAAGACUCAGAACAAUCACACUUAUUUGCUAUGUAGGAAGGUCAAAGAGGACAUGACAUUGUGUACCUCCUGCAGGCAGAUUCUGGCUACUGGGGACCCCAAGCUUCUUUGGAAUUGUGAUGCUUUAUUAUUACUUGAUUUGGAGACACUCCUCUCAUCCCUCUCUCUCUUUUCUCCUUCAGAAAAAGGACCAGAUGCUUGCUGCUUGAACAGUAAAGCAGAUUUAAAAUGAUUUUCUGCUUUGAGAUUUGGGGAUAGGUUUGUAACAUAGCGUUAGAGAUCAUGACAAACAACCUGAAUGUUUGAAAUAAGAGACUUGAACCUUUAUUUGCACA